UUCCACAUUUUGACAAAAUCAAAGCUCGUAGGAAACGCUGUCGUCUUUGUCCCUUCCGGUUUCUUAACUCAAGUAGUACUACCAUAGUUGGAUUGAAUUCCAACAAGUUCUUGUUUGUGAUUUGGAUACGGAUCAGUGAUCAUAAUAUUCUUCCAGUGAUAGCGUUUCACUGUUCGUUUUUGCGAGGGAAACAACAGAGACAGCGAGAGAAAUCAGAAAUAUGUAGCGGGAGUUGUAAAUCUGUUCUGAGGGCAUAUCUUUGGAAAAAAAAAAAACAACAACGAAUGGAACAGUAAAAGAAAAAGAAAAAAGGGGGAGCGUGAACAACGGUCGAAGCGGGGCAUCUUUUCCCCCCGAUCAUCAAUUUGUUCUUCACGAGAAAAAGCAAAAGCUCAAAACUAACUUUUGCUUCCAAAUACUACUGAUUAAUAAUCUCUUUAUAUUUACCACUAGUAUUAUUUUGGGCUGAUGCAUUGCAUGGGCACGCGGGGAAGAGAAGAUAUACUGGUCAUAGGAGAAUGAACAAAGCUAGAAAGAAAAGGGUAAAGAUGUCUUGUUGAAUCUCUGCACCUCUACACCAAAAAUCCCUUUACUUUUUUCUUCCUUUUACCAGCAGCCUAACGCCGGCCCUUCCCCCCCAAACAUGGCGGACGAUCUCUGUUUCUUCAACAAGGAUAGCUUGAUCCUUAAGCCUCCGAAGAAGUCUACAUUGUUGUUGAGAAUGGUGGUCUUGAUAUUUUCAAUGGUUUGCGGAGUAUAUAUAUGUUCCAUAUGUCUUAGGCAAAUUAGUUCCCGGUCCACUGUGCGGUUGUUAAGUGUGGAAGUGGUGAGGCCCUGCGAGCCACCUGACGUCGAGCCUUCAGAAAAACCUUUUGUGCACUUCCCCAAUCCUAAAACUUUUCGCAGGGCCGAAUGUGCAUGCCAUCCUGUUCGAAAUUUUGCAAUUUUGUCCACACAAAGAUCAGGAAGUGGAUGGUUUGAGACAUUAUUAAACAGUCAUAUCAACAUAAGUUCGAAUGGGGAGAUUUUUUCUGUUAAACCCCGGAGGGCUAAUGUUUCAACAAUAGUUGAAACUUUAGAUAAACUCUACAAUCUAGAAUUUUUCACUAGUGCUUCCAAGAAUGAGUGCACUGCAGCUGUUGGAUUGAAGUGGAUGCUUAAUCAGGGUCUAAUGCAGAAUCAUGAAGAAAUAAGACAAUACUUCAACGAUAAAGGAGUUUCCAUAAUUUUUCUCUUUAGAAGAAAUCUUUUGCGCAGGAUGAUCUCUAUACUUGCAAAUUCUUAUGAUCAAAAUGCCAAGCUACUGAAUGGAACACACAAAUCGCAUGUGCAUUCUCACCAGGAGGCUGAGAUACUUGCAAGAUACAAGCCCACAAUCAAUGCAACAUUGCUGAUACUGAACCUGAGGCAAGUAGAAGAGAUGGUUACUAAAGCUUUAGAAUACUUCAAGAGCACUAGACAUAUCGUCCUCUAUUAUGAGGACAUAAUCAAAAACCGAACUAAACUGAUGGACGUUCAAGACUUUCUGAGGGUUCCAAAAAUGGAGCUCAACAGUCGUCAGAUAAAAAUACACAGAGGAUCCUUGUCUUCCCAGGUUGAGAAUUGGGUAGACGUUGAAAAGGCACUGAAGGGAACUCCGUACGAGAGCUUCCUACAAGCUGAUUAUAGGAUGUAGAUUAUUUUCAUGCUCUGCGUAAAUAUAGCCCGGCCCUUAUUUUUUCUUUUUUACCUUUAAUCAUUUCAUUCAUUAUUUUUGGUUAGCAGAAGCUAACAGGGCAGCACCCUGUUAAAAUUUUGGCCACAGCACCUAGCUUCCCCUUCCGCCAAAACCAAAGGACAGAAAUGCAUAAUAGUAGUGAAUGUAGUUCAAUUUUUAUAUUUGUCAGUUCUCCUGGCAACGUGUAUUCGUGGAUCCAUACAUGUCAAAGAGUGCUAAUGCAUAUCGAACAGUCUGCAGUUAUACAACAGUGGAGCUGAUCAGGAUGUAACCUUCAUCUAAUUGCUGCAUAGUAGAUUGAAUUUCCAUAGUUAGCAGCGUAGCAAAAUUUAUGUUGUUGCUCAGAAGAAUGAGGUUCAGAAGAGUCUUGAAUUUGGUGCGGUAGCUUCAGGCAAGUGUUAUGUUUGCGAGCACAUGGGUUAUACCUUGAAGCAUUAUCAAUUUGUACGAAAUGCCUGAAUUUUUCAUGUUUUAUUUCUCUUUUACUGUAUUUAUUUAUUUAUUUUUUUGGUGGCAUCUUGAAAUCUAGUUUAGUCGUUAAUUACGUUUUGAAAGCAUUGCUUCGAAGAAGAGACACCUGUGCUGUAGCGUUUCAUCAAUCGGAUUUUGUCAAUUGUACAUAACCCAUUUCAGAUACAUCAAUGCUACUUUCGAGUAUGUUACUGCUA